UGCUAAAUUAACAGGCACGCCUUGAAGGAAGAAUUAGAUGCUGUCUCUAUUGCUGCCACGUGUUAGUCCUUUUCAGGUCUUAUAAAAAUCUUUCCUCUUCCUCUUGCCCAAUCACCACUACAAUUCCCAUUUCCGGAGUUCGUUCUUGUAGUUUUCCGCCUCCUCCUCCUCUAUUUCUUCCCGAACAGAGAAAACAGCCCCCGAUUUCGUGUAGAAAAUGAGUAGAUUUUGGACGUUGGUCACCCAACUUCAUAUUCUUUCUGGGCCGGUUUUGAUGUUGCUGUAUCCACUUUAUGCGUCGGUGGUAGCCAUCGAAAGCACAUCCAAAUUGGACGAUGAGCAGUGGUUGGCUUAUUGGAUCAUCUACUCCUUUCUUACUCUCAUGGAAAUGGUUCUUCAGCCUGUACUAGAGUGGAUACCAGUUUGGUAUUCGGUGAAAUUAGUAUUUGUGGCGUGGCUGGUUCUGCCACAGUUCAAAGGUGCAGCUUUCUUGUAUGAUAGAUUCGUGAGGCAGCAAAUAAAGAAAUAUGGUGGUAGGGGAAGCAAUUCUGCUGAUGCGAAGGCCAAGAAUCACUAAUUCACAUAACUAUAAAGUUCAAGUGCACUAGUAAGAUGUCUGUUCUUGUGUCCUUAUGUGAACUGGAUUGGGAAGGAUGGGGGCAGGAAUCUUGAUGAAGAAGGCUAUUGUAAAGAAGAGUUGGUUGCUUCGUGGUGGACCAUCCUUGUGGAUUUGACUUCUUCUGUCUUUUGUUUUCGUAUGGUUAUGUAAAAAAAGAACUUGUAUUGGGCAUAUUUGUAAAUGAAGCAACUCUUUUUUCC